AUGAUCUUCAAACUAACGCAUCUACCUCCUCCAUCCAGGCGUAUCACCGUCAGUGUCAUCCGCCCGGAGCAGGCAGACUCGGAUAUCAUCAAUCUCGAGGUUGGCGGCGAUAUGACGAUAGAGCUGCUCAAAGCCAUCGUCGAAAGCGAAACCGCUAUUCCCCCCGAAGCCCAACAACUCGUCUUCAACAACCAGCUCCUCCAAAUCCCCUCACAAACCCUCGACCAGGUCGGCAUAGCCGAGGGCGACAUGCUCGGCGUCCACGUCAACCUCCGCAGUGGUCCCCAAGGCCCCUCAUCUUCCUCCCGCGCCGCCGCACCCUCCUCCGCCCCAGGCCCCAGUGCUGCGCCACGCCAAAACGUCGCCCCGCGCCCGGGCAUGCCCGACCCGGAGACUAUCCGACUACACAUUCUGGGCGAUCCACGCGUGCGCGAAGCCGUGCGCAGACAAAACCCCGAGUUGGCGGCGGCCGCGGAUAAUGCGCAGCAGUUCAGGAGCGUGUUACUUGCGCAGCAGCAGCGUGAAGCGCAAGCUGAGGCGGAGAAGGAGGCUCGUAUUGCGAUGCUAAAUGCUGAUCCAUUUAACCCGGAGAACCAACGCGAGAUUGAGGAGAUUAUCCGCCAGAACGCAGUCACGGAGAAUCUACACAAUGCUAUGGAGCAUCACCCUGAAUCCUUCGGUCGUGUUACCAUGCUCUACAUCCCCGUCGAAGUCAACGGUCACCGACUCAACGCCUUUGUCGACUCCGGCGCCCAGGUCACCAUCAUGUCCCCAGAUUGCGCAGUCGCCUGCAACAUUAUGCGCCUAGUGGACCGGCGAUACGGUGGUAUCGCCAAGGGCGUCGGCACCGCACCCAUCCUGGGUCGCGUACAUUCGGCACAGAUUAAGAUCGGCGACAUGUUCCUGCCCUGCUCGUUCACCGUUAUGGAGGGAAAGCAGAUUGACCUGCUACUGGGUCUAGACAUGCUGCGCCGGCACCAAGCCUGUAUUGAUCUCAGGCGCGGCGCCCUGGUGAUCCAGGACCAAGCUGUGCCGUUCCUGGGCGAGGCCGAUAUUCCCAAGAACUUGACAGACGAGUUUGAGGACGAGCCGACCGUGAAGGGCGCUGAUGGCGCGGAAGUUGGCGCGCGCACUGGUGCAGUGACACAUCAGGCUGGUAGUUCUGCUUCGGCCGGGCAAUCCCAACCAUCGCAGCAGCAACAGCAGCAGCAGGGCACGCCGGCGCCUAGGAUCAAUAUUCGACCUGCGCCGGCGUCGCGGUGGCCGCAGGCCACUAUUGCGAAGCUUACGGAGCUGGGCUUCACGCGCGAGGAGGCGAUGCGGGCGCUGGACGCAGCGCAUGGAGAUCUAGACGGGGCGAUUGGGUUCUUGCUCUGA